CCCAGUCUACCCAGCCAGACCUCUUGGAAAGGUGUCUGCCGCGAACAGUCUCCCCUGAAGACACCCGCCCUGUCCCGGGUCCCUUGACCAAACUUCCCCUCCCCGGUGAUACCAGACGGUUCUUUUUGACCAUGGCGACGAGUGCGAAGCGAAAGCAGGAGGAGACUCAUCUGAAGAUGCUCCGGGAAAUGACUAGCCUGCCCGCGAAUAGGAAAUGCUUCGACUGCGACCAGCGCGGCCCGACCUAUGUCAACAUGACAGUGGGCUCCUUCGUCUGUACCACCUGCUCCGGCAUAUUGCGAGGACUGAACCCCCCACACAGAGUGAAGUCCAUCUCUAUGACCACAUUCACACAUCAGGAAAUCGAGUUCCUACAGAAACACAGCAACGAGGUCUGUAAACACAUCUGGUUGGGCCUCUAUGACGACAGGACAUUAGUUGUUCCAGAUUUCCGAGAGCCACAGAAAGUAAAAGAGUUCCUUCAAGAAAAAUAUGAAAAGAAAAGAUGGUAUGUCCCUCCAGACCAGGCGAGGGCAGUAGCAAGUGUGCAGGCCUCUGUGUCUGGCUCCUCAGCCAGCAGCACUGGCAGCACCCCCGAAGUCCAGCCCCUCAAGACCCUGCAGCUCAACAAAACCCCUCUGCGGCAGUCUCCGGGUCGAGGUCGUUCCCAGGCUCUCAUUGCUGCUCAGGAGAAGAAGUUUGACCUUCUCUCCGACCUUGGAGGAGACAUCUUCGCUGCUCCACCCACUCAAACUUCCAGCUCUACCAACUUUGCCAACUUCGCACAUUUUCCGAGCCAGUCGGCACCUCAGGGUAAUUCAGACACCAACUUUGCCAACUUUGAUGCAUUUGGAAACACUGCUAUUCCAUCACAUCUGAGCACGUCACCCCCCUCAAAGUCCUCUUCAUCAGGGGGAGGUGUGCCGAUCCCCUCAAGGUCUAGUGCCGUCCCCAUCCAGAUAGGCAGCAGCAGAGAGGACCGCUACGCUGCUCUGGCUGAGCUGGACAACGAGCUCAGCUCCUCUGUCAACUCUGGCAGCAGCGUGCCAGGGAAUUUAUAUGGACCAGUGCUUGGUUCAUCGCCAGCCCAGAAUGCCCCUGUGUUACCCAGCAUGCAGCCUGGCUUCGGAAGUGCCGUCCCAUCCACAAACCCCUUUGUUGCUGCAGCCAUCGGCCCGGAGAUGGCCACCAACCCUUUCCAGACCAACGGCAGAGCUCCAGCUGCAGCCUCCUUUGGCACCGGCUCUAUGAGCAUGCCUGCCGGCUUUGGGAAUGCGUCUUCCUAUUGCCUCCCGACCAGUUUCAGCGGAAACUUCCAGCAGCAAUUCCCUGGCCAGGCUCCCAUCCCUUACUCUCAACCGGGGGCCUACCACCCUCACUCUAAUGGGCCUGCAUUCCCAAUCUACGGUCAGAACAAGCCCUCCAUGACGCACUUUGGGCAGCCUAUGGCUGGCCCUGGCAUGACCAAUAACCCUUUCAUGGCGGGUGCUCCAGCCGGGGCCUUCCCUUCGGGGGGCUCAACCAACCCUUUCCUGUAGCACAACUCUUACCUUUGCCACCAGAGGGCAGCAUGCAGCACAUAUUCAACGCACCAUUCCGUUGUGCAUUAGUGGCAGUACCAUUUUAUUUUUAAAGACUUACUUUUUGGGGGGUUUUUUUCAUUAAAAAAAAAAGUUUACAACACUAUGAAGGAGUACAAAGGACUGUAUUGAAGACGAAGGGACUGUUAUGGGGGAAAUGUACAGUUUGGACUAUAUACAAUACACUAUAUGCUUCUUAUUUUUUGUUUAUGACUGUAAGCUCUGUGCAUAUCGUUUGUAAUCACAAUUAAGUACAUGUUAUGUAUAACAAGGACUGAGUUACCAAUGGUAAGUAUACACCUACCUUGUGGAUAAAAAAACCUCACUACGAACUAUCUCCAUAGGUAAGGUUAUAUACUUUAAGACAAUUAACACGGUUCCAUCCAAAUCCUCAUGGUGCAGGUAUUUCAUUCCAAAAGGGAUUUAUUUUUGUUACAAUUGCAAAAUGUGCGAAAUGUCCUUUAUUAACUUACAAGUUGCCUAUGACUUAAAGCAACCAAGCUUACGUCUUUUUAAAUUAGUGUAAAAUCCCAAGCAGGAGGAUGGGAUUCAGCUUUCAUUCUUUUAUUCAUUUUGCCAGUAUCUGUGAAAUUGUCGAAAGAGAAAAAGGGUUGUGGCUUUUUUUGUUCUGAAACUAAGAGGCCACCAUAGACUUGGAGCUGGAGAGUCAUGUCUACCAGAGCACAAACGAAGGGAGGACACAAGACGUGCAGGCUUUAAAAUGAAUCUUUGUAUAUCCUGCUACCCUACCUAUUCUAUAAAUGUGGUAAAACUGUUAAAUAUACUCUUAUUUAACCUCCUGCUUUCAGAUAUUCACUAUAUUUUAUGAAUAUGGUAAAGACAAAAGGAAAGACUGUUAAGAAAGCUUCAGGGUUGAGAAACAAGUGGAGGAGUUUUUCACAUGGUUGCAGGUGACUUGCCCUCUAGUUGACAGGUUAACCUAAAAAAAUGUAGAACCUUUUAAAACAAAAAUAUUUAUGAAAAGUUUUGUCACUACACUCCCUUGACAUCUGUCUUCUUCUUUGCCUUCGGAAGAACAGAAUGAGGAGAAAUAUUGCUCUCCCUUCAGUUUGCUUUAAAUUAAGGCAGAGUAAAGAACUGAGACAUGUAGGGAUUACUACGUUACUUAAACAGCCUGGGGUUACUCAACCUCUGGCUUAGUAGUUUCUCAAUUGUGCCACCAAUGACUAACAAUGAAUUUGACAAUGUGUUUCUUGUCUUUGCAAGAAUAGGUUAGUAAAUGUGUACAUAUAUAAAUAUAUGUAUAAAUAAAUUAAAAGAUUUUUAACUACAA